UGGCGAGUGUGCCGGGCGGGUGUCGGGGGCGCCUGGGCCUGAGAGCGGCGGGAGGAGGCGGAGGAGGGCGCGGGGCAGCUGGGGCGGAAGGGCUGCGCUUUCUGGCGGAGGAGCUCCCGGGUCGCGUGCAGAGUGCCGGGCUGGGCCGGGAGGGCUGCGGGCAAGGCCGGGGCCGCGGUAGCAGCGAAGGGCUGAGGAGGCCGGGAGGGCCGGCGACCCACCCAGAGGGAGGCGAAGGCUGCGAUUCGGGCUUGGGAAGGCUCCGGAGAAGGGACCCGCUAGGGUUGGACCCGGGGCAGCUGUAGCCAAGGGGGCCACUUGGAGAGAGGCAGGCGGGCCCCUGAGAGGAGGACGGGGGGGCAACUUUCAUUACGUUUUCGUUUCUUUUCUGCCAUCAGUUGCCAGCGGCACACCUGCGGAGGGUUAGUUUAGGCCACUGAAACUUAAGAUCCCGCAGGAGGAAAGGAAGUCUCCCUACCGGCACUCGAGAUUUCCGUUUCCUCCUCCCAAGGUGUGGCAACAAAGUUUCUUAGGGCAGCUCUGGGAGAAGUCUCUGUAGUCGGGCUGAUAUCUUCGCUUUGGGUUUAGAUCUGGCUUUGCCACUUCUAGAGACAAGCCGCUAGUUUAGUUUAGCUUUGUUUGUUUUUUAAGGGUUGGGGGAGACGGGAUAGUCACUGCUUCUUAACAGGGGCGUGGGGGGGUGGACCAGUGCUGUCUUCAGGCCUUUCGCAUCCUCGGGGCUCCUUUGUUGUCGGCCGCCUGCACCCAAGGCUAGCUGUAGACCAUGCAGAAGGAGGAACUGGGCAUGGAUGAGAACCGUAACCCUGAGGAAGAGCUGCGUCUUCUGGGGGGGAAGAAGGAGAAAUGCCACGGCCUCAGCAACCGCAUCCGGACAGGAGCUGGAGCAGAGCUGGGCUACAGGCCGAGCCAGGGCUCCAGAGAAGGCUCCUGGGAGUCCAACGGCUAUACUGCAUCCUCGGAGAUUGCUGAUGAGCCCAGUGUUCCCUUGAGCCCUUCCAACAGCCUUAACAUCCGAAACCUCCAGUUGUCUGAGCGGGACCCUCCAGUACCCCACCACCACCACCAUCACCGCUAUCCCCAUCGCUUCUACCACGGCCGGCCCUUCCACGCAGCUUCCUACCACAAGACCUACCGAGGCAGCCCCUCCGACCGCAAGGAAUGGGGACCCAGCACCAACGGCCACCACUGUGCUCCCGAAAGCAUUUCCAACGGCCGGUGGCAGCACCGACGCCGUGGCUACUCCGACCCGCCGUCUCCGUCGUCGUCUCCGGAGUCAGAACGAAACAGCGCCAUCAAAGUUGGCGAGAAGCCCGCCGUUGCGUCCAAUGCCACCAAUGCGGCCGUCGAGGAUUCUGGGAAGGAAACAUGGUCGCUUUUCCGGCCCCUUCCUGCUUUCCCUGUUGAUAGCAGCAGCGCCCGGAUCAUUCCCAAGAUAUCUUAUGCUAGCAAGCUGAAAGAGAACUUGGAUCAGCCAGGGAAAGCCUGCCAUGUUCCCGCCUCGGCUGUCCGCACCACCAAUAGCCUCCCCAACUGUGUCCUGGCGCCGCCUCCGAGCAGCCCCCCACCCUCUGACAGCAGCCGGCAACAGCACCUGGGAGCCAUCUUUCAGAAUGAGUGGGGCUUGUCCUUUAUCAAUGAGCCAGGAGCCGGGCACGGAGGGGGUGGCGGGGCAACACCAGAAAAGGAUGUGGAAGAGGCAAACACUGGAGCAUGCUGGGAGGAAAUGGAAGCCAAUGACUGGCAGGCCGCAAGAAAUUACCAUCUGGAAGAAUGGACUCAUAUAUGGGAGCUACACAGUCAAGCUCCUAGCAAAGUGACGGUCUACACGGACACCUUGGAUGGGAAGGGUUAACACCAAGGAUCCCUUGGGGAAGCACUGUUAAGAUCCAGGGGGUGGGGGGCACAUGGAGAGAAGCAAGGCAUCCCACCCCAUGAAGACUGGAGAAGCCCGGGCAUCUUGAAAGGGGAAGCUACUCCACCUGCCUCCUUCCUUCCCUCCCUCAUCCUACUGCUGUUCUUGCCGAAAUCGUCCUGGAUGGGGCUGAUGUCUCCCCCUUCCCUGCCCCCUCUGGUUUAAUGCUCUGGUUUUUAAUUUCUUCACACAGUUUUUAAUUUCUCUGGAUUCCCCUGAAAAUAAAAGCAAAAAAAAAAGAAUUUAUUUCAAUUCA